AGUAUAUUAUAUCAUGCCCCAGCCAUAACAGCUAAAUAUCGACCGUCGUGGUUUCCGGAACCUUCCCCUACAGAUUUAUCCAGACGUCACGUGCCCAUUGGAGCUGAAUAUAAUGUAAAGCUAUCGAGGUGAUUGGAGAUUAUACACCUUUAGCGUUCGAGUGGACUGAACUAGAGAGACAAUACACAGACAUGGCGACGGUUGUCAGUGUCCGGAGUCCUGUUAAAUUACAGAAUUUUUUCGACUUCCACGCCAAUACAUUGGAUGGGGAGAAAAUAAAUUUUUCCAAGUACAAAGGGAAGGUGAUCCUGGUGAUGAACGUAGCAUCUCUCUGAGACACGACUGUACGGGAUUACACCCAGAUGAACGAGCUGGUCCAGAAAUACGGGGAUAAGCUUGUCGUCCUGGGUUUCCCGUGCAAUCAGUUCGGACAUCAGGAGAACACCAAGAACCACGAGAUCCUGACAGCCCUCAAGUACCUCAGGCCAGGCGACGGGUUCGUCCCGAAAUUCCCGAUAUUUGAGAAACUCGAGGUGAACGGGAAGAACGCGUCCGAGAUAUUUGUGUUCCUGCGCAACCAUCUUCCACUGCCGAGUGACGACCCAACCUCCUUCAUGAAAUCAUGCAGUAGCAUCAUUUGGGAACCAGUGACCAGGACAGACCUGGCAUGGAACUUCGAGAAAUUCCUCAUCACUCCCGAGGGCAAACCUUAUAAACGAUUUAGUCGUUACUAUCUGACUUGCAACCUCCAGAGUGAAAUAAAAACACUAAUAGAGAAGUUUAAUGUUAAAUAAGUAAUGGACGUAUUCAGUAAAAUCUGUCUAAUCACCCAGGUUUGUUUGGAUGACCGUAAAACAGGGUUAUAAUACAGACUCAAAGGUCAAACGGUUACUGUUAACUGUACAGGAAGCUUCCAGGUGACUAUCGUGGAACACAAAUAGGGAGCUGAAAGGUCGGAUUGGACAGGUCCUACUGAAGCCGUAGUAUCAUUUCAUAAUUUAAAUGUAAUCAGGUUGUCAUUUUUUGCCAUGUUAACUGUAUACACGUUUGUAUCUAUGUAAAUGUAUGCGUGUCUCGGGGGGUCGGGUUGACUGGGUGUGGUAGGGUCACCUGUACUGAUGAUCAGUGCUCCAGAAAGCCGUUGUGCCGGUGCGCUGUGAUAGCCCACAGGUACCUACCAUACCCAGUCAGCACUCUUACUCGGGCCAGCAAUAAAAUACACAAACCACAGCA